AUGAGCAAGGUUGAUUCUGAAACCAAACAACGAUGGGAUGAAUACAUCGAUUACUCUAAAUUACCCUCUUGGACUGAAUGUUGCUCCAUGUUGGACAAGCGUUGUCAGCAAUUGGACGCACAGUGCCGACGGUCUUCAAAACAGCAUAACCCUACCAUAACAACAAAUUACUCACAUAGUAAUAAUCAAAAACAACAUUCAUUCGUAACAAAAAAUGUGGCUCAAGAUUUUGUGUGCAGUCAUUGCUCCAAAUCGGGUCAUAUGAUAUCAACUUGUCAGCGGUUCAUCGUUCUUACUCCUAAUCAACGAAUUGAACAAGCUAAACAACAAAAACUUUGCCUCAACUGUUUAUCAAAAGGGCAUGGUUACAUACAAUGCCCCUCAAAAUAUUCAUGCAGAUUUUGUAAACAACGUCAUCACUCGCUUCUUCAUAAGCAAUCAGAACCAACCUGUCUCCGGGAAGAAGAAGAACCGUCAUCAUCAUCUGCUACCACCCAUAGCACCUUUCAAACCAAACCCAGUCCCCAAGUGAGUACUGUAAUUCUUGCUACUGCAUUAGUAUUGGUUCGUGACUCAGAGGGAAAAUAUCAACUGGGCCGUGCUCUGCUUGACUCUUGCUCUCAAGUUAAUUUCAUAAGUGAGACAUUAUGCAAAUCUCUUAAUCUCAAGAAAUGCACAAAUUCAACAGAUGUCUCUGGAGUUGGUUCUUCUAAGUUGAGAGUUACUCAUAAAACACAAACGACAAUAAGAUCUCGUCUUAAUAACUUCAAUAUGUCAUUAGAGUUCCUGGUUUCUCGCAAUAUAACUGGUUAUCAUCCUGAUGAAAAUCUUUCCGCUAAUAAUUUCAAUUUGCCCUCCAACAUAGAGCUAGCUGAUCCAGAAUUUCAUCGUCGACGAGGAAUCGAUAUUUUACUCGGAGCAGAAUCAUUCUUUUCGCUCUUAUCCGUUGGUCAAAUUAAACUUGGAGAAAAUUUGCCCACUUUACAAAAAACUCUCUUGGGAUGGAUUGUCUCUGGAAAGUAUACAAGUCAAACGGCAAUAUCAUCACAAAGGUCUACUUACUCCAUUGUACAACACAAAGAUAUUUUCCAAGAGAUAAAUAAAAAUAUUGAAAUGCUAUGGAAAAUUGACGUCGUUGAAAGCAAAUGCCAAAAUAUGUCCCGAGAACAAAAAGUAUGUGAAGACCAUUUUGUGAAAAAUGUAUCAGUCCAAUCGGAUGGACGCUUAAUGGUGAGAUUACCCUUUAAAGGUGACCCAAUUGUGCUUGGCGAUUCACGAGACAUUGCCCUGCGUCGUUUCUUUUCCAUAGAGAGAAAAUUGAACAAAAACCCUGAAUUAAAAGAGGAUUACUCACAAUUUCUUAAAGAAUAUGAGGAAUUGGGCCAUAUGUCUCAGGUGGACGACACUAAUAUUUCAGUUCCCAACUAUUACAUACCACAUCACUGUGUUCUUCGCCCCAGCAGUGUGUCGACCAAGUUGCGUGUUGUUUUCGACGCAUCAUGUCGAACCACUUCACAAACAUCCCUGAAUGAAAUUAUGAUGGUGGGUCCAACAAUCCAGAACAAUUUAUUAAUUACUCUGCUUCGUUUCAGGUGUCAUCGUUACGGAAUGACAGCUGAUAUCGUCAAAAUGUAUCGUCAGGUUUUGGUUCACCCUGAGGAUAGACAACUUCAGCUUAUACUGUGGAGAGAUGACUCCACCAAACCGAUAAAAACAUUUGCCCUCAACACCGUUACAUACGGGACAGCUUCGGCACCAUAUCUCGCAAUUCGAAGCCUACAUUAUGCCGCAGAACGUUUUCCCAACCCAUACGAAGUAGGAAAAGGCAUAAUCAUGAAUGAUUUUUAUGUCGACGAUAUGGUUACUGGAGCGGAUGACCUUGUAUCUUUAAAACGCAUUAAGAACGAAGUCACCGAAAUUUUAUCUUACUCGAAAUUUUCACUCUCGAAAUGGCAUAGCAAUUACCCAGGUUAUGUCUCAAGUGAAGAUGAAGUAAAAGAAAUGAAGCUAAAUGAUGACGUCACAAGUACUUUGGGUAUGACAUGGCACUCAGAUAAUGACACAUUCCAUUUUGAGUUUCGCCCAUCCAAAACGUGGCACACAGAAUACUUGGCUCAGUUACAAAAUCGUUAUCGCUGGAAAAACCCACAACAAAAUCUACAAGUCAACGAUAUGGUGCUCAUACACGAAGACAAUGUUCCCCCCAUGAAAUGGGCCAUCGGUCGUGUUACCAAACUUAUUCCAGGAGCAGACGGUUUUGUUCGAGUGGCAGAAGUCAAGACAUCACAAACUACAUUAAAGCGUCCCGUGGCAAAGUUAGCCGUACUUCCUAAAGAAUAA